AUGAAGAUCCUCUUGGUUUUCGGGUUGUUAUUUGCUCUUUCUUCAGCGGAUGAUUCGAAAUCUGAUGUCGAGAAGAUCCUUCGCCCAACUCUGAAUGCCUACGUCGAGGCCGUCGUUUCGGGAGAUUAUGACAAAGCCAAAGAAUACUAUCAUGUGAACGCGAUUUCCGUGGAAACCGACAAGAAUGUGUGGUAUAAACCAGACAAAAUCAUUGAAGCCGUCAAGAAAUACUACGCCGAAAACCCAAAGAGUAAGAGCGCAAAGGUUGAAUCGGAAGAGUUCUCGGGUGGCGGCAAGGUGAUCUCUUAUAAAAGCCAAUGGACAUUCCCCGACCAGAAAGGACAUCAAGAGGGGCCCUAUUUCCAGAUCUGGGUCUUGGACACCGAUGGCAAAUGGAAGGUCUACCAUGAGGAAUACUCGCUUGACGCUCCGAAAAGCGCU